UUCUCCUCUACUACUAGUAAUACUCUUCUCUCUUCUCACAGGGAGUGUGUGUGCCUCCAUGACAGUGCUCGCUCUCCCUGAGCCGAGAGAGUAAAGGCUCUCUCCUUCACACACCUACCGCCUACUCUCCCACUCUUCUUCCCACCCCACUCGUGUGCGCGCCACUGCCGCCGGCGAUGGCGCCAAUGCCGGCGCCGGCCGUGGCUCUGGCGGUUCUGGUGCUCCUCUCCGCCGUUCCGGGGUACUUCUCCGACGACCUCAACACCGACGCGCAGGCGUUGCAGGCGCUGCGGUCGGCGGUGGGGAAGUCGGCGCUGCCGUCGUGGAACAGCAGCACGCCGACGUGCAAUUGGCAGGGGGUGACGUGCGAGAGCGGCCGCGUCACCGAGCUCCGCCUCCCCGGCGCCGGCCUCAUGGGCACCCUCCCGUCGAACGUGCUCGGCAACCUCUCCGCGCUCCGCACGCUCUCCCUCCGCUACAACGCGCUCACGGGCCCCAUCCCCGACGACCUCUCCCGCCUGCCCGAGCUCCGGGCCAUCUACUUCCAGCACAACAGCUUCUCCGGCGAGGUCCCGGCGUCGGUGUUCACCCUCAAGAACCUCGUGAGGCUGGACCUCGCUGGGAACAAGUUCUCCGGCGAGAUCUCGCCGGACUUCAACAAGCUGAACCGCCUCGGCACGCUGUUCCUCGACGGCAACAGCUUCACCGGCGAGAUCCCCAAGCUGGACCUGCCGACAUUGAGCCAGUUCAACGUGUCGUACAACAAGCUCAACGGGUCCAUCCCUAGGUCGCUCCGGAAGAUGCCCAAGGACUCGUUCUUGGGCACUGGGCUGUGCGGUGGCCCGCUCGGCCUGUGCCCCGGCGAGACCGCGCUCACGCCGGCCGGAUCUCCGGAGGUUCAACCUGCUGGUGGAGGCGCGGCAGACGCCGGCGGCGCAAGCAGCGGCACGAAGAAGAAGCUCUCCGGUGGCGCCAUCGCCGGCAUUGCCAUCGGGUGUGUGUUCGGCGUGCUGCUCUUGCUGGCCCUGAUCUUCCUCCUCUGCCGGAAGAAGUCUAGCUCAUCCACGCCAGCGACAGCGGUGGAGAAGGGUCGUGACCUCCAGAUGGCUCCGAUGGACAUGGAACCAAAGGGACAGAACGGCUCAGCAGCCGGCAACGGCGCCCACGUCGGAGCAGCCGCGGCAGCGCCAGCCGCCGCCACCUCCGCCGCCGUCGCGGCGGCGGCAGCAGCAGCGAAGACCGGCGGCGCGACGGGCGGGUCCAAGAAGCUCAUCUUCUUCGGCCCCAUGGCGGCGGCCCCGCCGUUCGACCUGGAGGACCUGCUCCGCGCGUCGGCGGAGGUGCUGGGCAAGGGCGCGUUCGGGACGGCGUACAAGGCGGUGAUGGAGAGCGGCUCCGCCGUGGCCGUGAAGCGCCUCAAGGACGUGGACCUUCCGGAGCCGGAGUUCCGGGAGCGCAUCGCCGCCAUCGGCGCCGUGCAGCACGAGCUUGUCGUCCCACUCCGCGCCUACUACUUCAGCAAGGACGAGAAGCUCCUCGUCUACGACUACAUGUCCAUGGGCAGCCUCUCCGCCCUCCUCCACGGGAACCGUGCUUCCGGCAGGACGCCGCUGGACUGGGAGACGAGGUCGGCGAUCGCGCUGGCGGCGGCGCGCGGCGUGGCGCACAUCCACUCGACGGGGCCGACGGCGUCGCACGGCAACAUCAAGUCGUCCAACGUGCUGCUCACCAAGAACUACGAGGCGCGGGUGUCGGACCACGGCCUCCCCACGCUGGUCGGCCCGUCAUUCUCGCCGACGAGGGUGUCCGGCUACCGUGCCCCGGAGGUGACCGACAUUCGCCGGGUCUCGCAGAAGGCCGACGUGUACAGCUUCGGCGUGCUGCUCCUCGAGCUGCUCACCGGCAAGGCGCCGACGCACGCCGUCGUCAACGAGGAGGGACUCGACCUGCCGCGCUGGGUGCAGUCCGUCGUCCGGGAGGAGUGGACCGCCGAGGUGUUCGACCAGGAGCUCCUCAGGUACCAGAACGUCGAGGAGGAGAUGGUGCAGCUCCUCCAGCUCGCCAUCGACUGCUCGGCGCAGCACCCCGACAGGCGGCCGUCCAUGUCCGAGGUGGCCGCGAGGAUCGACGAGAUCCGCCGCUCCAGCCUCGGCGACCGUCCGGCCACCGACAGCGCCGGCGAGGGCGAGGAGCCUUCACUAUAACCGACCAGCCGACAUUGCCGUCUGGAUCACCGUACAUCGAUCUCAGCCUCAGCGAACGGAAAUUAAGUUGGAGAAUUGCUUAGUUCUUUGCAUGGAUCUUGCUCCCCCAGGCUACUUUUGGUUCAUCAGCAACUUGUGCAUGUUUUUUUCAUUACUUUUUCUUUCUUCUUCCUUUCUUUUUUUUCCCUUCUUUUUUUUGGGCCUUUCUCUCACGGGCUUUGAUUCUAUUCUAUAGCACAUGUCACUGUACUCUUUGAUUCUUGGAAAGGAACACUUGAUAAUGCGUUGUAUCUAUGACGAAUACCAUCACCAGCUGUAUGGUUUGCUAUUUAAAA